AUGGCUGCGCAGGUCGACUUUGUCCGUAUUAAAGUAGAAAAUAAGUUAAGGGACGGUCUUGAUAAAUUUGCCAAAGAAAAGAAGAAGAGGGAACUGUCACCGUCCGCAGAUAAACGGCAGCGUUCAUCCGAGGAGGCAAAGAAAGUGGUACGCACAGCAGUCAAGUUGGACAGGAAGAAAGCACUUCCCCCGGUUCUGCUGCCUGGACUGUUCAAUUUCACGCCCCUCAAAGUAGCCGAGCCCAAGGACAAAAUACAGGAGAGCAAGGAAAAGCACAGGGAGAAAGAGCUCAAACUCAAACCUAAGAAGGAAAACACAGAGGCUAACGUAAAACAUGGAGUAGUCCUAUAUAAGAAAAAGAAAGAGCCCCAUCAUGAUGAGAACAGCAAGACUCAGUCGCUGGAGGAGUACCUGUUGAGGAAGAAGAAAAAGAAGCGAAGGCACCGUGAGGAUGAGCGUGGGAAGACGAUCCGCACGUACAACAAGGAGGUCCAGACCAUGUGUGGCGGUCUGACUGACCACAGUCCUUCAGCCCGCCUUGGCCCCGUGAAGGAGGGGAAACACUGCCAGCCUGGUACAGGCGCCAACAACAACCACCUCCCCUUCCUCUCCCCCCAAGACCACUUCAUCCGCAGCUCGUCUCUGCAGACAGGCACUGUCUACGGACGCUUCAUCCACGAGGAGCGCCAGGCCAACGGCGGGGCGUCGGUCCUGCACGCCUACGCUGAUGAGCUAUCCUCUCUACGGCCGGGGGAGAUGGAGCACUUCGCCCAGGAGUUCCUAGAGCUGGCCUUUGCUGAGAGCCCCAGAGGGGCAGCCCGCUACGCCCUGACUGUGGUGCACAGGGCUGCUGCCUUCCUACCUGACUUCCUGGACUACUUUGCCUUCAACUUCCCCUCCACGCCGGUCAAGAUGGAGAUCCUGGGGAAGAAGGAUAUAGAGACCACUACUAUCGCUAACUUCCACUCUCAGGUGGGGCGGACCUACUGCUCGGGGACGUACCGGGCCGGUCCCAUGAGGCAGAUCAGUCUGGUGGGAGCCAUGGCAGAGGAGGUGGGGGACUACUUCCCUGAGUUCUUGGACAUGCUGGAGGAGUCCCCCUUUCUGAAGAUGACCCUACCUUGGGGCAGUCUCUCCAGCCUGAAGCUGGACUGUCGUUCCCAGAGUGAUGAUGGGCCCAUCAUGUGGGUCCGGCCGGGUGAGCAGAUGGUGCCAACCGCUGACAUGCCCAAGUCACCCUUCAAACGACGCAGGUCCAUGAAUGAGAUAAAGAACCUUCACUACCUGCCCAGGGCCAGUGAGCCCAGAGAGGUGCUGUUUGAGGACCGAACCAGGGCUCAUGCUGACCACGUGGGCCAGAGCUUUGACUGGCAGAGUACGGCAGCAGUGGGCGUGCUGAAGGCUGUGCAGUUUGGGGAAUGGAGUGCACGUCCGAGGAUAACCAAAGAUGUGGUGUGUUUCCACGCAGAAGACUUUAACGAUGUGGUCCAGAGGCUGCAGCUGGAUCUGUACGAGCCCCCUGUGUCUCAGUGUGUCCAGUGGGUAGACGAUGCCAAGCUGAACCAGCUGAGGCGGGAGGGUAUCCACUACGUGCGGGUGCAGCUGUGUGACGACGACAUUUACUUCAUCCCCCGUAACGUCAUCCACCAGUUCAAGACUGUGUCGGCAGUCUGCAGCCUGGCCUGGCACAUCCGCCUCAGACAGUACCAUGACGAAAAGGACUGCGGAGAACACGCCCUACACAAGCCCAACAACCAGAGCACAACAUCGGGUCAAUUCUUCUCAUCCUCCCCGGCCCAGCCAGAUGCCAAAGUGCCCCACUGUGCCGGUCUGCAGGCACAGAGAGACAAGACUGAGGAACCAGUGUUUCAGAGGCCUACUACUCCACCUAGAGAACCCUGGCCAGCCCGUCCUCAGUCUGCCAAGUCUGCACACCUGCCCCCUCCCGUCCUGGGCAUCAGCCCCUUGCCACAUGCUCCCUCUGGUUCUGGUUCUAACCCCUCCACUGUAGAGCCGAGGCUUCCACAGCCCCUGGUCUGGCCUCCCCCUGGUCUGGACUACAACUCCCCGCGACCCCACCAUGAUGUACAGCAUCACCGCCCCACUGACUUCUUCAAAUGACCUUCCCUCCCCUUUACUCCUUUAACUAUGUUUACUACCCUCUAAGGAAGAGCAGUUUAUUUAAAGGAAUGUGACUGUGUGUGCUUAUGACACUUUCUGAAAAUGUUAUUAUUGAACUUCUUCUCUUUUAAAUUAUUCAGAUUAUAAAGUAUUCAUUUUAUUUGUAAAUACAGUAUCAGAGACAAAGCUUAGAAAUCUUUUUUUUCUUAGCCAAAGUGUGAAAUGUUAAUUUAGGAACAUUUGUCAGAAAAAGUGUCUGUUUAUUUGUUAGUAGCUGAAACUGAGGUCCCUCUGGGGAGUUUCCUAACUGGCUUCGAGAGUUACCAAGUUACCAAGGCAACUCACUUUGCCAGUCGAGAGAGCCUACCAAGGUGUACAGUAUAUCAUGUAUAUUGCCUAAUUGUUUUUUAGACUAAAGUGCCUGCCACCCGAAGAACAGCAAUCAGUCUCAAAUACAUAUAUAUAUUUUUUCAUUCUUCGUAGCCUUCUUGAUGCUUCCUGUGAUGGUGAAUGUAAAAUGAUGUAUUUUUUUGUGUGUUGAAAUUCACAUUUAAGAUAUUUUCCUAAGUUGUUAAACUUAUUUUUGUCUGUGCUUCACAAAUGCAGAGUUGGCCUGCGUUUUUAUAUUGGAUUGUGGAUUAAUAUAUUUUUUAGAUGUGUACUGUAAAAAAAAUGAUACUGUUAACAAUGAAUGCAUGUUCUGGUGUUUGACACUGACGUUGAUAAAGUACAAAAGUUUAUGUCCAAAAUAUUGUCAAACUUUCAGCCAUUUCUAUCAAUGUUAUGCCACGUUUGAAAGUUUUUUUACUGUCCUUUCUACUGUCCCUUUCCUUUACUACUGUCCCUUUCCUUUACUACUGUGUCCCUUUCCUUCACUACUGUCCCUUUCCUUUACUACUGUGUCCCUUUCCUUCACUACUGUCCCUUUCCUUUACUACUGUCCCUUUCCUUUACUACUGUCCUUUCCUUCCCUACUGUCCUUUCCUUUACUACUGUCCCUUUCCUUUACUACUGUCCUUUCCUUUACUACUGUGUCCUUUCCUUCAGUACUGUCCUUUCCUUUACUACUGUCCC